AAAAGAAUCAAAAUGGCGGUUUUGGGGGACUUUUGUUUCUUUUGUUAGAAAGCUUCUAGGGAAAAGGAAAGCUUCACCAGAAAUGCCUCGUGGAGUAAAAGUUGAACGACCGGCUCCUGCUGAAUCAGUCGAGGUAUCAUUCAAUCUUUCCUCUCUCUUUUUAAAAUUAACUCUAGCUAACAGGCAAUUUACAGGUCACUCGAUCACUCCCAAGAAGAGUUCUCCGUGGGCAUGUCGAGGAAUCUCCUGGCGUCAAGCUAAAAUUGCAUAAUACUUUUAGGUUUGAUGUAAUUAAAUGGUAUCCGAUCAACCAGCCACCACAACAAACUUGCCACCACCAAACUCGCCAGCACUGAGAGUCAACUCUUCAAGGUGGCGAUUUGACACAGACGUUAUGUGUAGCCUGUCGUAUAAAACUUAUAUCAAAUUAAAGUUAAGAUGUAGUACUAUAUUGCAGAAUGGUAAAGGGACUCGGAAGUUAUGUGUAGCAUCUCAAUUAUGGAAUGUUUAAAUGAAAUAGAACUCGUUGAUAUUACGUAGAUUAUGAUCAGUUUGCGUAUAGCUAUACAAGAGUGACUUCCGCCAAGUGAUUUCGCCGAUGUUUAUGAAAUCGUAUAAAACUUAUAUCAAAUGAAGGUUAAAAGGGAGCAGUAUACUGCGAUAUAAAAGCGCGUACAAAUGCAGUGAAGUUUACAGAAACGGAGUUGAUUUCCUUUCUUUGUUUUGAGCACAAAGAAUAUAGAAGUAAACAAUUUAAAAUUUUCGUCGAUUUCAAAUUAUCUCCAAAAUAUUUGAAAAAAAAAAUGUUCCAAUAUGUUUACAUCAAAUUAUUAACUACAUGCUUUUUAGGGAGCUACCUCAAAGAUUUAUAGAAAUACCAGUUGCACUAUGAGCAAAAUACUGUUCAUUUGUGAAAUUAAAUGUAUGGCAGGUGGAGUACUUUCAAGAAAAAAUAUCUUAAAAUUUGCUAUCUUUUUCAGCCUCUUCAGGCUUCAACUGUUGUGAUUCUUCACCCUGGUUCCACAUUGAUGUGGCUGGGACGUGCUACUGACCACCUACCACAAAGCAUUCCUCAUGUCAUUGCCCGGAGGAAACCUCAGCAGUGCACUGUUGACAUUCCGGAUCAAACCUUACUUGUCAGGGAUGGACUUGAUCAUCCUGACAGUGAAACACAGAAAGAACUUGCACUUAGUGUGAUUGAGCAAGCAAUAUGGUCAAGGAAAACUUCAUCUGGUUCACGAAAACAUCAAACUACAGUUUCACAGGUUAGAAGCAACAUAAUUAUUUUCCUUGAAUCAAGCUUUUGAGCAAGAGAAUCUCCUUUCUGAUUGGGAUCUUUACAGCUAAGGUAACAUGGGAAAACUUCAUGUACUUUUUAAAAUGAUGCUCAUAUCCUAAGGCUCUCCAUUUUGUGAGAGGGGGUGAAAGUGUGAGAUUUUUCCCAUCCAGUUCUCAAUAUUCCAGUCCAGGUGAAGCUUGAGAAUGACUGACCAGCAGAAAGAUGCAGCUGGGAAAAGUUUUUAUACCAUUAUAGCAGCGCUUGUCCACCGCUAGCUGGACCGCACAAAAUCCACUGAUAAAUACAACGUACCACACCAAACUUCUUUGGAAGCGCCUUCUUCUCUAUUAUUGUAUUAUACCGUGAAACUAAAAAUUGAUUUAAGAAAUUAGGGACACGCAAAUGGAUUAAGAAAUGCUUCAGUUAAAUCAAACUUACAUUAUUCCGGAUCUGGCAAGAGUUGAUAUCGAUUGAACCUUUCCUUCCUUUUCUUUACUAAUUUCUUUCCUUAUGAGCAUGAGUGCUUACCAAAAACUGAUCAAAGGGCCUUUUUUCAAAUAUAUUGAAUUACACUUAAGAGUGCGUGAUGAGCCACCUAUAAAGUCUGUGACUUCAAAGAUUAUUAACCAAAUCAAACAAUGAACAGAAACUCGUGCUAUAGGGGCACUUACACCCAUGCUGCAUUAAUUUUUUGACUCUCUAGAUCUGACUGUAAAUUCUCUUUGCUGUCUGUUGUAAAUUUUACCAAAAAGUAGUGAUGAGAAUAUCAUGUUGAAUCAGGCAAUAUAAUGCCUAGUUGAUAUUCUACACAUACUUUUUGCUUAUCACUCCAACUCUACUUGACUCUGUAGUAAUACUAUGAGUAUAAAUUACAUUAUUGGUCAAUCCUGAGAGUUAAGCGUUUAUUUGAUGAAUGAGGCUGUGUCCACAGGUUGCAGCAUUUAAUUCAAAGAUUGAAGCUGAGCACCAUCGUGAUGAGGAGUCGUCAAUCAAGUGGACAGACACAAGCUCAGCACCUCCUGUUAUAGCUGGAGAACCUGUUAGUAUUAUUUUUACUAGUUUUUCUUUGCUGGAUGUAGAGCUAAAAUAGUGUGUUUGGUAUGUUGUAAAGAAAUUUAGCUGAUGAGGUUGAAUAUUCAGCUUUCUUAGAACAACUAUAUCACUUGAGAAAUUUGAACAAUAUUGGGCUGUGAGAAGGUUUUUAGAAACAGUACCUGACCAUCAAUGAGAACAUUCAACCUCCAAAAUGUAAUUGCUCAAUGCAAAUGGUUGUUCAACAGUGUUGUGGUUAAAACAGAAUUGACUUGGUGUGUAUUUCUUAAACCAACUGGUAUUUUAUUGGAUUUGUUACAGGCUCUAUACAUUCAUCCAGAUGAACCAUACUCACUUCAUUGGCCAAUGAAAGGGGGGCAUCUGAACCUACACAGUGGGCCAGGGGGGUCACUCACUGCUGUCAGUGCUGAUCUGGAGGCCUUGUGGGCAUAUGCCAUACAGACAUGCCUGACUAUCCCACUGCGAGAUCUGGGGGUUAGUGUAUGUACUUUAAUUCUUAUUGCUUAAAUUAUUCAAGAUUUCUGAAAAGUGUGUUAUUUUACCCUGAGUACUUUCAAACCAAAUAAAUGAAUUAGUGAAUAUUUGAUAGCUUUACAUGGACUAAAUAUUACUGAUUAUAUAAAUGCAUAUUAUGGAUUUUGGUGUAGUAUCUAGACUUCUAAUUAUUGUUCUUUGAUAAAACAUCUCUAUGUACAUUAAUGCCUGAUGUUGUGCAGUUUAAGCAAUUUACAAUUUAGGGUAUUCUUGGAUUGCACUGGGUUUCCCUCAUUCUUCCCUGUGAUUGGCAUAGAAAUCUUUGCUCACCUUCUGAGCCAAUCAGAUGCAAAGCUAAGACCUGGGACAUUUUCCUACUACUGAGACUUGACUUUGCAUUCUUAUUGGCCUCUUUUGAUUUUUGUUUUCCUUCUGAUUGGCCAUUUCAAUUAUUGGUGAAAUCUGGUUUUAUGGUCCUAAGUCUAAAAGAAAGCACUAUUAGCUUGUUAAUAUUAAACUUAUCAUCGGCUUGUGAAAAGUGGUAAUGGAAAAGUUUGAUAUAGAGUUAAACCUUGGAAAUUGGCCAUUUGAUCUCAUCUAAAAAUUUUCUGAGUACUAUCACCAUUUUCUUUUGCUUGUUCUAGAGCUCAUUAAGAUUAUAUUAACCCUAACAUUUUUGGUCUGGUAUUUUUUGUUUAUUCAGUAUUAUCGGGCUGUUCUAGUGGUUCCUGAUUCUUUAGAUAAGAAUCACAUCAAAGAGAUGAUGAACAUCCUCCUUUGUCAUCUUGGAUUCUCAUCGGCUAUCAUUCACCAGGUCAGAACAUAAUAUUGUUUGGAUUCUCCACUAUAAUUUACAGUAGAGUCCAAGGUUUCCUCAGGAGCACCAAAAAAGCUCUAGGUAUUAGGGGCUUGGAGAUAUUCAGGUUUUACUUUUAGUGUACACCAAGGCAAGUUCACUCCUCAGCAAUAACCUGUAGGUUACAGCUGUAGGAAGUUCAGUUAAAAUAUUCUGGUUUUAGGUUAAUCCUUUCACUCCCAAGAUCUGACUGUUAAAUGAAUUCUCUCUUGGAGGAGCUUUGCAUUUCCUUGUUAAUUACUUUUGAGAAUUUAGUGUUAUAUCAAGAUAAAAAUUUCUCUCUGAUAGGUAGGAGUAUUCUUAUUACAUAUUGUCUGGAGAAUGUAUGGUUAUUAUAGGGAGAAGUUAUAAGUUAAUCACUGCUGAGAGUGAAAGGCUUAUCAUAAUGCCUGAAGACGUGUUAUACAUUGGUUUCAUUUAGCUCUUCAUGAGUUGUAUUUGGGUUUUCACAGUUUGACAUGUGGUUUUGCUAAUACUUUUACUUUUGGCUUUACUGUGAGUCAUAUUUCACUCUAACAACCAGAGUACAGAUUAAGAAUCCUUAUAGUCAUUGAGAGAUUUAUUGUAUAGUUGAAAAAUAAGAUCAACCCCUAUGUCCCUCUGUUUAUAAGUUGAAUGAUUAUGCACAAUCAAAUCUUGCUAUUUCCCUCCAGUUUCAUUAACAAAUUUAGCACUAAGUGUGUUAAAGUCAAUCAAUCAAUCAAUCAGUCAAUCAAAUCAAUCAGUCAAUCAAAUCAAUCAGUCAAUAAACUUUAUUUCACCACUGGCAAUUCAUCAGCUAUUUACCAAAGGGAUCAAACUAUAACUACUGGCACACAACUGUAACUAUGAACUACAUGACAUUGAGAAGCUGCUUUUGGUGAAUGCCUUCCUUAAACAGCAUUGCUGAUUGCAUAUUUAAAUGACCCAAGGGAUUCCAUGCACCUACCCUCAGAAGGAAGGCUAUUCCACAAUGAACUGCCACUAUCACUGAAAUUACCUUUGAAAUAAUUUAUGUCAGUAAUCGAACAUUUAGUUUGUUCUCGGAGUCCCUUCAGUUGUAUUUAUUUGUUUGUAGCUUGCAUUCAAAGAAUUUCAAUGUUUUGACAUAUGAUAUGAUUUGCUUUUCUUCAUUUAUUACAGGAGUCAGUGUCCUCUGUAUUUGGUUGUGGCCUAAGUGCUGCUUGUGUUGUUGAUGUUGGAGAUGAGAAAACCAGUAUUUGUUGUGUAGAAGAUGGCUUGGUCAUCCCUAGUUCACGGUAAUAACAUUUUGAUGGCUGGUCUUGCAAACAUGUACACUGUGCAAUGUAAAAUUUUGACUCAGAACUGCCAGCACACAAGAAUUUUUUUUUCAGUUUUAUUUUCAAUGUUCAAAAGAACAUCUUUGACAUGGAGUCAUUAUGGAAUUUUUUUAUAUUUUCACUUCUUUUCCACAUCAUGUUAGCAUUUUGAUUCUUGUCAUUUACCAUUUUGAAGUCUUUUCUCCUCUCUACAUGUCUGUAAGUAACAAAUUUAUGUGGGUGACAAAAAGAUUUCAUUUGUGUUUUUGCAUGAAGACAUUAAAGGGUUGAUUGAGGCCUAUUCUGAAAUAGACAUAAUUGUAAUAACAAUAAUAAUAAUAAUAAUAAUAAUAAUAAGUAUUAUUAAUAAUCAGUUACUGUAUCAAAAUAUAAUUUAACUGACAAGUUGAUGCAUUUUAGACUAUGGCUUCAGUAUGGAGGAAGAGAUAUAACCAGAGCCUUUUUCUGGCUGCUAAGAAGGGUGAGUACUCUGCAAGUCUCAAAAAAGGUACAGCAGUAAGAGAAUGGGUCCAGGUUUCUGUCACAGGUAGGGAUUACAUGAAUAGGAUGUUGGCCCAUCAGAGAUUACCUUAUGCCCAGCCUUUCCUCGGGUUCCACUGACAGUUUGCUAGUACCCACGAAUACUCAUGAAUGGAGACUGAGGCACUGUGAAAAUAGAGGGUCUUGACCUUGACCUUGUUGAGGACUCAUUGGCCAAGACUUUGUGACUUUGGCUGACCAUGGGGACAUGCCUCCCAUUCAUACUUUAAAUAGUGCUCAUUAAAGGAGCUCAGUGGGUUUUGCUUUUAAAUUAUCUAAUCGUAGAGUGGUACAUUCAGCUCUGCUUCUGGUCUCCAUAGGUAAAUUUUUUGGUUUAAAGUGUACUGAGUCAUUGUUUUCAUGUCACAAAGAUUAUAUUUAACCUGAGAGAAAAUGUUAGCAUGAUAAGCUUAAAAAAGAAGGUGGAAACAAUAAAAAGCAUAAAGAUAUUAGGUUGGUAUGGGAACAUGGAGAAAAUUUUUGGAAAGAUUUCAACAACGACCCAAAUCUCAAGAAUAAACUUGUUGAUAUUAUAUUAUAUUAACAGUAAGUUAUGCCCUGAGUGUAGCUCAAUUAGGUGAUUUCAAAGGCCAGACAUUAAAUUUAAAACCGUUGUAGAACUAAUAACAAUAGUGUUUCUUUCUGAAAUGCUCAUAAUAUAAAUUAUAUAAUUUUCAUCUAGGUCAACUUUCCCUACAAAGAGUGUGAUUCCAACAACAGACUUGACAUACUUCUUCUGCAUGAGUUAAAGGAAACAUUUUGCCAUCUUAGUCAGGUACAGUUAUGCAAAUAAGUAAGAUAAAAAAAAUACUAAAUAGAUGUGUCUGUUCAAAAAAGCUUGAAUUCUUUCAUGGUUGGCUAAGAUCUAGUUGUGCAAUCCCAGCCAGUCAUUGCUGUUAAAACUUCUCCCAGCUUCUGUAGCACAGAAUGACCAAUAAUGUUACUAUUCCUGUUGAAUGGAAUGUUAGUUUAUUACAAAAUGCUAUCCUACGGUUUUUUCAAGUUUCUCUGUCAGUUUAGUGGUACAAUUUAUCUUUUCUAUUUUAUGAAGCCUAUCCAAGUAGUGUUUUGAAUUGUACAAUAUUCAAGAGAAAAUUUUGUGCACAUCUGAAGGGCAACAGUCAGUGGAAAGGACCCUCAAGGGGUUGGUUUAAGGAUAUGUUCUAUUUCAACUAUGAAAGUGGGAUAUCAGAUGUUGUAUAUUCUUUGUAUUCAGGAUAUUGUUGGUGGUCAAGUGCAUGAGUUUCAAGUUCAUCGUCCUUUUGAAACCCCUCGUUCAUACCAGUUGAAGAUUGGAGAUGAGGCAAUUGAGGCACCAAUGGUUUGUGGAUAGAGCCUGAGAUCUUGUUUUUCUAGAGAAGAAUUACUCCCUUUAGUAAUAAACUGUUGGAAGUAAUGCCUGACUGGUACAAAAAUGAAAUGAAAAUAUUUAAAACUGUGCCAAACAUUUGUCUUUAAAAAAUAAAAUCUUAAGAUUUGUUCUAAAGUAACAUUACAAACCCUUAAGAGUGACCAGCAUCUAAUUUCUCCUUACAGUUAUACUGCUGAAUCAUUCAUUAAGAUUAUGAGAAUAAAGGAAAUGAUUGCCAACCCAAGAAGUUUGGAUUGUUAACCAGAGUUUUCUUUGUCAGUACCAAAAGAAAUGUAUAGGAAAGAGGAUGUAAAGGUUUAACACAAAGAGUCAGAUCAGAUUGUUGUUGUUUUCUUGUCUGAUAGUUGUUUAUUCAUGUAUAGGGAAUGUUCUUCCCUCAAUUGUUUGGUAUUGUUGGUGAGAAGUUGGUUUACACCAAGGAUUCCCAGUAUGAUGACCCAGAAGACUUGUGUGAUGACAGAUACCUGCUUGAGGUAAGAAUUUCAAACUUCUGCUCCACUCAAUUUUCCUAGCUCAAUCGGACACUUACCUAAUAUGAUAGGGUUUUGUUAACUGAACUUUUAUACUUUUUUAAUCGGUUGUGUUGGUCAAACUGAUUCCUUUUGAUAUUAACCACAAAGAAAGGAAAUGGCAAAUAUCCAUCAAUCUCCAUAUAAUGUUCAGCCAUACUUGCGCACUGUAAUUUGAUUUUGUCAUAGUUUGGUUUUCCUUCUGUGGUUCUUAAACCACAGGUAAAAAAUGGGUCAAGAUCACCAUGUGCAUUUCUGUGAAUCCCUACUUCAUUUAGGUCAUAAAACCAUUGGAUCAAUGUCAGUAUCUAAGCAACUGCCCCCCUACCCCUCCCCUAACCCAACAUUAACCCUAGAUUGUUAUCAGUUGACUGUUGUGUUAGGGGAGGGGUAGGUAUGCAGUUGCUCAGAUACUGACUUUGAUCCAAACCAUGGAGAAUGAAAAUGAAAAAUAUCCAGCAGUCUUGAUAUCACUUUUAGCCGUUGCCACAUACACAAACCACAGCAAUCAGAUUUUGCCAUGAGUGAUUUCAUUAUGGUGCUUUUCAAUCCACAGUCACAGAGAGGACAGGAUCAGUCUAGUAAGCAGUCUUCUGGCUCAAAGAUUGGACCCAGUACUGAGACAGUCCCAGAUCUUGAGCAGAAUAUAACAACUACCAUGAGGACUGGUAACAAGGAGAUGAAGUUUGUGUCUGAGAAGAGUUUGGGUCUAGAUCAAGCAAUAUUACACAGCAUUAAUUGUUGUCGUGAGUAAAUCACCUUCACAGUUGGACAUUAAAUACAAGGCUUCACUCUUAAUGGAAAACUAUACAUUCUGUGUACAUGCCACCUUUUCAACAACAAGGCUGUCAACAAGGUUGUCAAAAGGCCCUAAGGUGUUGGAUUUACUUGACAUCAAGUCUGUGAGAAGUUUCAUUGGGGCUGUGUCAAGUCUGUGAGGGGUCUGCAAAGGGACAAUUGGCCACUUUACCACUAGUGCUGCAGGGCUUCAGAGCCUGCUUCCUAGCUACUCUUCAUUAGUUAUUUUUUAGAAGGAAUCACAAGACUUCUGCAAAGUUAGAGAGAGCCUCCUGCUUCCUAGCCACUCUCAAUUGGUUAUUCUUUAGAGGGAAUCACAAGACUUCUGCAAAGCUAUUGAGAGCCUCCUGCUUCCUGGCUAUUCUCCAUUAGUUACUCUUUAGAAGGAAUUACAAGAGUUGUUUUUAUUCAAGACACCAUCAUAACAUGUCUGUUGUGUUCUCUAGAUACUGCUGCUCCUGAAGAAACAAAGCGUAAAAUGUACAGCUCAGUUUUACUGAUCGGUGGUGGUUUCAUGUUUAAUGGUGCUGCAGCUGCAUUACAGUCACGCUUACAAGCAAAGUUACCUCCAUUGCACCGCAAACUUGUUGAUCAGGUUGAAGUGAUUGCAAGACCCAAGGUAAAAAAAUGUUUUGGUAACUAUUGUUGAAAAAUGCAAUAAGGUUUUUACCUGUUAUUGUCAGAUGAAUUUAGAGAAUGAUGCAAGUUUGUGAGAACAUUUUGGUUUUUAAUUCAGCACUGUCAAGCUCUCAUCUUUUUCUGCUUAUGAAAAAAAAAAGUUGCAAUCAUCAUGUCUUUCAUUUUUACCCUCAAGACAAUCUGGUUUAUUCUUACCUUACUGAACUAUCCGUACUCAAUCUGGCUUUUUGUUGCCUUUAUUUGAGAAAAAAUCAGAAAAUGUCUUGAAUUUAGUCAGAAAACUUUUAUGAAAUGAUCCUGAAUUUGUGUGAGCUGGUAUCUUGAACAUUACAAUUUUUACUCAUUUUUCUUUUUGUUUUUUUGACAGGAAAUGGAUCCACGGACAAUUUGUUGGAAAGGUGGUGCAGUGCUUAGCAUCUUAGACUCUGCCCAAGAACUGUGGAUCAGCCAACGUGAAUGGACAUCAAUUGGUGUCAGGGUACUCAGGGAAAGGUCUCCUUUCAUUUGGACAAUAUGUAAUUAA